AUUUUGGGACUUUGUAUUGCAGCAUUUCUCGUGUUCUGUCUGUCAUUCUGGUUAAAAGUCCCGUCAGCUUUAUUUCUAUAGCGUUUUAUUCGAUACAGGUUGUUUCAAAUCAACUUCACAGUAAUAAUAAACAGGAAAAUAAAAGGAUCAGUGAAGUAAACAGAAUUCAAUUCAUCUGUGCAGCUGCUCCAAAAAGACAAUAGAUUAAUUAUUCAGAUCAGUUCAGUUCAGGUUUUGUUCUCAUCUGAUAGUGUCAGUGCAGUCAGAUCGAUAAUAUUUCUGGUACAUGUCACCAUAAGCAAACCAAAGACGACAGCAUCUAUUAAAUGCAAAUAAAGGCAAUUUUUCUGAACUUGUAUCAAAACAUUGCUGAUCUGCGAUGGGUUUGCAGUGUUAAAUCCUCAGGGUGACGCGGGUCUAAUGUUAAACAGAUGUACAGUGUGUUCAGCUGCGUUCAAGCACAAACACGGCUCUCAUCUGUCGGCGAGGGAAUCGUGGGCCCCUGACGGAAGAAAACAGACCAGCCCAGACCUGCAGUCCCUCACCUCCUCAUUACACGGCUCUAAUGAGUCUAAUUAUCUCUCGAGGACACACAAUUACACCACAUUUCACAACAGCUGCUCUCCAGAACAAACAAGAUACAUUUUAUUUGUCACAAAUAGAGUUGAUUAAAUAUGGAAAUAGAUUGAUCUUUAACGAAAUGAGAAACAAAUGAAGUACAAAAUACACAAGAAUGAAAUGAAAAACAAACAAGGAUAAGAUUCAGUGUUUUCUACAUUUGUGAAACAUCUCAGCAAAACGAAAAAUAAUGAUAACAGUGAUUAACUUUUUCAGUUUAACAUAUUAAAAAUACGUUUAUCGCAAUCUUUAUUAAUUUAUUUGUUCUUAGUUUAUUAAAGUGUUUGAACUUUACAUUAGUUAGGCUUAUCAAAACGUUGACGUUUCACCAAAUGUUGGUGUCACAAUAACCUUAUUUAUUAAAAGGUUAUUAAAUGUGUCAAACCCCCCCCCCCGAACACAUUAGUUAAAUGUGACAUGAAUUAAAAUGGGUUCCUGUGAAGAUUAAGUUCAUUUAAAUGAAAAAGCGAUGUUUUCUCAGCUCUGAAUCAUCUUCUGGUCUUGCAGUAAUUAGGACGCGCCUCAGCUGGACAUUUUUUCUCUUUUGCGUCUUCUUGUGGGUUUCCAGCUUUGUGGCGCUCCCGUGGGUGCAGCGGAGGCUUUAUAUUCAGACGCGAUGGGUCACGGACCUCAGAAAGCCGGCGUUCACACAGUCGCCCUGCUGCGUCUCUGAACCUCUGAAGCGGCUCUAUGGACCUCUGCGUCACCAUCAAAGGGGUCUCGUUCCUCCUGCAGGCGGGUCUGGGGAUCCUGGCCAACGCGCUGGUCCUGCUGGCCUACGCCCACAUCCUGCUGACCGAGGCGCAGCUGCAGCCCGUGGACGCCAUCCUGUGCCACCUGGCCUUCGCCGACCUGCUGCUGCUGCUGACCCGCGGCGUCCCGCAGACCAUGACCGUGUUCGGCAUGAAGAACCUGCUGGAUGACGCCGGCUGCAAGGUGGUCAUCUACACGUACCGCAUCGCCCGCGCGCUGUCCGUCUGCAUCACCUGCAUGCUGAGCGUCUUCCAGGCGGUGACCGUCGCACCUGCUGCCGGGCCGCUCCUGUCCCGCUUGAAGGCCCGGCUCCCGCGGCUGCUCGUCCCCACCUUCGCCGCGCUGUGGUUCAUCAACAUGGCCGUCUGCAUCGCUGCGCCCUUCUUCUCCGUGGCCCCUCGCAACGGCACCGUCCCCCCGUUCACGCUCAACCUGGGCUUCUGCCACGUGGACUUCCGCGAUAACCUGUCCUACGUGAUUAACGGGGUGGCCGUGUCGGUGCGCGACUUCGCGUUCGUGGGUGUGAUGCUGGGCUCCAGCGGGUACAUCCUCGUCCUGCUUCACCGCCACAGCAGGAAGGUGCGGGGCAUCCGCCGCUCGCAGGGCGCCUCUAUGGAAACACGGGCGGCCAAGACCGUGGUGAUGCUGGUGGUUCUGUACACGGUGUUUUUCGGCAUCGAUAACGUCAUCUGGAUCUACAUGCUGACGGUGGCGCAGGUGCCGCCCGUGGUGGCCGACAUGAGGGUGUUUUUCUCCUCGUGCUACGCCUCCCUCAGCCCGUUCCUCAUCAUCUCCUCUAAUAAGAAGGUCAAAGCGAGGAUGGUGUGUGCGACCUCGGACCAGGAGCGGCAAGCAGAGGACAACAAGCCGUCAGAUGUCAAAAGCUGAGCUCCAAGUCUUAGUGACUCUAAUAG